AUGCCAGCGAGCCGCACUGCGCGGCGAGGCCUCGCCGAGAAAGCCUGCAACGAAUGUCAGAGACGGAAGACGAGAUGCAUACCAAGCGAAGACGAUUCGCGCUGCGCCUUCUGCCAGCGCGCCGGGAAGGCGUGUGUCUUUGAGAAACCACCGGCCAGGACGCCGUUGACUCGGCAGAAUCUUGAUCAAGCGGAGGCACGAUGUCGACAAUUGGAAGAAGUCCUCACGCGGCGUGAGGCUGAGAUGUACUCGAAUCAUGCCAAUGGAGGGGAGAAUCCGCAGCAGCCAGCGCACAAGGCACACGCUGCAGACCACAAUGCUGGGGAGGGGAAUGCGGACUACGAGUGGAACGAGGCCUCGGAUCAUGAAGCGAGAGAGCAGUCAUCAGAUAGCGAUCAUGCCAGAGAUGGCAUGGCAGCGCUGACGAGUCGAAAUGCGGGCUCAGGCUAUCUGGGCACGAGUUCCGGCCACGAACUGUUGCAAUCAGUAUCCUCUUUUCUCCCUCCAGCAACCGGCGCUGGUCGCCGCAGCAAGAGUGCCGCGCAGGAGACGCCGAAUUCGAACGCUUCUGGGCACGGCUUACCGCCAUCCUCGUAUGCGAGCUCCUUGUCCGCCUCGUCGAUCCAAGAAGUGCUCAUAUCCGCAUACUUUACCCGGUAUAACAGCAGCUAUCCCAUCCUCAACGAGAAGUCCUUUCGCGAUCAGUGUGCUUCGAGGAAGUCGCUGCCUCGAUCCUCGUCAUGGCACAUCACGUACUACGCUGUGCUCGCGAUGGGCGAGUGGUUAUCCGGCAGUGGUGCGGACGACAGCCCUUCUCUAUACUACGAGGCCGCACGAUCGUUAUUGAAGCCCGAAGUCCUCGAAUCCGGCUCCAUCAACAAUGUACAGGCAUUUCUCAUUCUUGGGAACUACCUGCAGAAAACGGAUCGGCCCAACACAGGUUACAAUUAUCUCGGCAUCGCUCUGAGACUCGCUAUGGGUAUUGGACUUCAUCGUGAGCUUCCAAGUACGUCGACUGCGGGACCAUCGAAAAGACAUCGUCGGCGAAUCUUAUUCUGGGUUCUCUACUGCUUUGACAGCUGGUUCAACAUCACCACCGGGAGACCCUCUCUACUAUCAGAUGCGACUUUCGACGUCCGUAUGCCGCACAACGCAGAAGAAGGCUCUGUCGACGAGGCUGGACGGAUGAGCGACGCGGCCGCGCCGACGACAUGCUCCGUGAUCAUCGCUUUGGCUCGUCUGACCAAGAUUGCCAACAAGGUGUACAACGAGCUGAUUUGCGCCGGCUCGUGUCCGGACGUGGAUCAUCAAACCGUUGUGAUGGAGCACAUGAUACAAAAUUGGCAAGCAGCUUUGCCAGCCUACAUGACCAUGACACACCAUGUCCCAUCGUGGUUCGUCGGUCCUCGACAGACUGUGUACUGGAAAUCGGCAAAUUUGCGUAUACUGCUGCUCCUUUCAAGCCAACGACAUCGAACGGACGACUUUGAAAAGCUCGCCGUUGGGUCGAGAUGCCAAUCUGUCGCUGCAUCAUCCAUCAACGAUAUUGCAACUUUCUGCGAUCAGUAUCCGGACCACCUACACAGCGGAUUGGCAUGGUACGCAGUCUAUUUCACGCUACAAGCGAUGCUGUCAUUCACAUCUCAAUGCGUCUACCGCCGACGAAUCGAUCAGCAACCCGGCGCAGACGCCCAAUACUACGAACACACAGCCUCUCAAGCCGUGAACUGUAUCGAAGGCCUGCAAGCAAAGAACGCUGCCGCCGGUCGAGCAUAUCGCAUCGUCCAUCGACUUCGAGAUGUCGUCCGACAGACGAGCGGUGCAAUCCCGCUGGAUGCCUCGCUUCAGGCUGGUGUCAAUGCGUAUGGAGUGCAAGGAGCUGGAGACGAGCGUGCCCUGCAACAAAACCUUGACCCGCAAGAUCCGCCUACGGAUCCCGGGAGCAUUCCACUUGACUUUCAUCAGGCGAUACCGAAUCUUGUUCUUGCUGAGUGGGGAAAUGCGGCGGAUUUGUCGCUUCUGCCGUUCUUCACGGGGAUGGACGAUUUUGAGGCUGGGGAUCUCUAUGGUGCUGUGUAG